AUGUUCAUCCCAGCAGCCGCACCGUUGGGCGCUGACAAGGAGGUAACUGACAAUAAUGAGGCGGUGCGAGCCAUGAAGACCAUCAUGGAGUUGUCAGCGUUGUUGGGGGGAGGAUCUCUUGUGUCUCCGUCCAAUGAAACCUCCAAGCGAGAAAGCGUCGACCGAGACUCGGUGCGAACUUGGUCCAUUCGACAAAAGCUGAACCAUCCCUCCAAAGCCAUGUUGGCUCGGCCGAAGGAAUGUCCUCCCUACUCAGAUCCUUCUUCAGUUGCCAUUCUCGAACCGAGCUCACUGGAAUACGAACUGGAAGAUGAAGCCCAGAUGUAUGCCCUCGACAACGAUAACUGUUCCUUUGAUAUCAAAUCAGAAGAGCCCAAGGUCCGCUUCCAAAACACUGUGUCCGUUGUGGAAAUCCCUUCCCACCGUGAUAUGGACAAUGAAACCAUUGCGCGUAUCUGGACCGGUGUCGAUGAGGUUCAAGAGAACGCCAUGCGCAACUCCUUCGAGUACCAUGCCGACGGCAAGGACUGGAGGAAUGUUACAGAAGAACAAGGCAUGGUCUUUGACAUGGAAACUGGGGAAUACGUCCACCCAGCCACCUGGGAAGAAAUCCAGGCGGAGCGGCAACAUCAGGCUGCCCUGGACGAAGAAUGGCAGCGAUUCGCGGCCAUGGAAGAAGUCGCACGCCAAAAGAGACUGCGCCAAGAAAAAGCUAGAGAAACCCACAGGCAAAACAAGCGGCGCCAAAGACAGCAGCGUGUUGCUGCUAACCAAAGGACCGUCCUCCGAAGCCACGGGGCCUCCCUCACCCGAUUUGCCGACUCAUAA